CAAAGUGGCAAGCAAAUCGACAGAGCGCUGGGCUCUUUGCACGCCGACUCAUCAGACCUACAGUGAUGAUUUGCAUACGAUCACAAUCGGUGACCAUCGGCGAUGCACAAGUAUCAUGACUCACGACUCAAGACUAAAGCGCUUUCUUAUCAUCGGCAUGAACGAAGCAACAUAUAUGUACGAUAUUCGAACUCGAGUGACUGCUGCUGGACAUAAUAAUACUCACAACUCAUAUCCACAAUUCUUUCAUUUGAUCACGCAACAUUCAGCAGAGUCACCAACAGCUCGUCCACUGAGACAGCAUCAUACACAGAGCCUUGCAGCAUGGAGAAGCAGCAGUUCUGAUGGCGAGCUAAUCAAUCAGUCGCAGAUAUAUACACCUGGCUCGUCUCAGCCACCGCGGUGCUGCAUGCUGGCACAGUGGCACUCUUGAUUCGAAGCAGAUUUUGAUUGCCUUCUGGCAUUGCAAUAUAACGGCGGCGCCUUCAGCCCGAACACACGUCGUCUCAAACCGUCCGCGGUGAUGGCGCACUCCAUCAAUGAAGCCUCGCACAGCAUCGACAGAGCGCCGCGAUGACUGCUCAAGUGCUCGAGCUUCAAGGUAGGCGGGAUCAGCGCCAUUGAAGAUGCUCCUGCAAACUCAGCAGGAACAGUCGGGAUGCAGGCUCGGGUCGCAGCAAUACAGCUUCGACUUCAUCGUGCCGUCGGGCGCUGUCUACUGUGAUGAAGCAGCACUUCACCAGCAUAGCAAGCACAGCGUGAGUAGUGGUGAUUGAUCAUCAGCUGUGAAGCGUGCCGUGCCAGCCCCGCCUUCCUUCUCGGUGCAAAAAGCUCCAGCGAAUCUUUCGCAGUCAAACUCAACAUUUCUCUUGCCAUCUGAUCUCCCGCCUAGCUAGCUUGCGACUAGACAAGUUCAGAGCACGCAAGGUCCUUUGCAACAGGCUGGCAAUCCUCAGCAUCUGGAAGAGCGGGCGCAGAGCUCAGCGCAGAGUCCACCAGACACGUCUGCAUCGACGGUCUAGCUUCGCAGUACGCAG